AUGGAGACUAUCUGGAUCUACCAGUUCCGCCUCAUCGUGAUCGGGGACUCCACGGUGGGCAAGUCGUGCCUCUUGCACCGCUUCACCCAGGGCCGCUUCCCAGGACUGCGCUCCCCCGCCUGCGACCCCACGGUUGGCGUCGACUUCUUCUCGCGCCUACUGGAAAUUGAGCCUGGCAAGAGGAUCAAGCUGCAGCUCUGGGACACGGCGGGGCAGGAGCGCUUCAGAUCAAUAACUCGAUCCUAUUAUCGCAACUCAGUUGGUGGAUUUUUAGUAUUUGACAUUACUAACCGACGGUCUUUUGAACAUGUGAAAGAUUGGCUGGAAGAAGCGAAAAUGCACGUACAGCCUUUUCAUAUUAUAUUUCUCCUGGUGGGACACAAAUGUGAUUUAGCUUCACAACGUCAGGUGUCAAGGGAAGAAGCCGAGAAACUAUCAACAGACUGCGGAAUGAAAUAUAUAGAAACCUCAGCAAAAGAUGCUACAAAUGUUGAGGAGACCUUCACAAUCUUGACAAGAGACAUAUAUGAACUUAUUAAGAAGGGAGAGAUUUGUAUUCAGGAUGGCUGGGAAGGGGUUAAAAGUGGUUUUGUUCCAAAUACUGUGCAUUCUUCUGAGGAAGCAGUUAAGCCCAGGAGAGAGUGCUUUUGCUGACUGCAACACGCCAAAGAACUGUCGUAUACAGGCCAAGACGCUUCUGGAUACAUGUCAACAUUUACAGCAGAAAAACGCAAGGAGUGAACGUCACAAAGCAUCCAGACCCACGGUAGCAUCGUGAGCUGCUGGCUACAGCGCUCUCUGCUCACUAGCUACACGGACAGAUAGGGUAGUCUGCUGAGUUAGGAGGGAAAGCAGACAGUCUUCUUUCUGAAACCAGUGUCUACAAAAUUACAUCCACUCUCACUUUCUUAGCAUAUAGCUGACCUUAGUGUCCAGAUAUGUCUGUAUUAUUCAUCUUUCUUGACAAUUGAAAUUGGAUUUUUUGUAUACACGUAGUCUGUCUGAAAAUAAAUGUGUCAGGAUUAUAUUCUCCUCAAUCAAUUAGUAUUAAAUAUAAAGUGCACUUGGAGGGCCAACAAGAUGACUCAGUGGAUAAAGAAGCUUGCCACCAAAUCUGCAGACCUGAGUCUGAUCUCUGGAACCCCUAUGGUGGAAAGAAAGAAUCCAUUUCACUUGAAGUUGUCCCCUGACCUCAACAUGCACGCCACCAUACAUGUGCUCACACAAACACACAUGAGUGCAUGCAGCAACAUACACCAAAUAAUAUGAAAGAUGCAUAAGGUACAUCUUGCAGGCUGGGGUCAUAGUUCAGUGAUAGAAUGUUUCCUUAGUUUCUGAAAACCUAGAUUCAAUCCCAGCAUCAAAACUGGAGAGGGGGCCCGGCUGUGGUGGCGCACGCCUUUAAUCCCAGCACUCAGGAAGCAGAGGCAGGAAGAUCUCUGUGAGUUCGAGGCCAGCCUGGUCUACAGAGCAAGUUCCAGGACCAGCUCCAAAGUUACACAGAGAAACCCUGUUUUGAAAAACCAAAACAAGAACAACAAUGAAAACAAACACUGGAGGGGGAAAAGGCAAAGUACUUUUAAGCAGUCUCAGAAGUACUGACUAGGACUAAAAUAUAAGUUUUCUUUUCAAAGUACCAGGUUUGCCAUUCUUAGAACAUAAUAAAAUAAAUUUUAUAUUCCUUUUUGUUUCUAGAUUUAUUGGUCCUGGAAUCGUCACUUUUGGCAAGAUUUGUAAGUGCUCAAAGGAGAUAUUUUGAGCAAAUAUUCACAGGAAACAAAAAGGACCACUCAGUAGCAAAUAGUUUGAUGCUAUAAUACACUGUCCAGACUUAGCCAAGGAAAGCAAAAACAAAUUUAGCCAAGAAAAAAAUA